GUAUGUGCUGCCCAAAGUGCUCCAGACCACGGAGAGACGAUCAAAACUCGAAUAGCCGAUUCCAUAGACAGUACGAGACUUUGACGGCAUGGGAGCCGAGGCUAUCCGGCCCGCCGUGUUCCUCGUGCCGUUCCCGGCGCAGGGCCACGUCACGCCCAUGCUGCACCUGGCGCGCGCCCUCGCCGCGCACGGCGUCGAUGCCACGGUCGCCGUGCCGGACUUCAUCUACCGGCGCAUCGCCGGGACGAUGACCGUCGACUCCGAUGGUAGCACCACUGACGACGAAAGCGCCCGCGUGGCCCUAACGUGCAUCCCCAGCGGCGUCGUGGUUGAAGACGGCGACGAGCCCCCGGGGUUCGCCGACUUCGCGCACGCCAUGGAGCACCACAUGCCCGCGCACCUGGAGCGGCUGCUGGCGCGCGAGCGGGCCGCGACGGGCCGCCGGGCCGCGUGCGUGGUGGUCGACGUGCUGGCAUCGUGGGCCGUCCCCGUGGCCGCGCGGUGCGGCGUGCCGGCGGCCGGGUUCUGGCCCGCGAUGCUCGCCAGCUACCGCGUCGUGGCCGCCAUCCCGGAGUUCAUGGAGAAGGGGUUCAUCUCAGAAUCUGGUACCCCUCUCGACGACGACGAGAUCGGCCAGGAGCUGAUCCUCCCGGGAAAUGUGGAACUGCGGCCGGACGAACUGCCGUGGCUCGUAGGCGAUUCGGCCACCCAGAAGUCGAGGUUCGCGUUCUGGCGCCAGGCCUUGCACCGCGCAAGGAGCUUCCGCUCGCUCCUCGUCAAUUCCUUCCCCGACGAGUCCGGCAGCACUACCGUCGACGCCACAAACGACGGCCAGCUGCACUACCCAACGCGGAUUUUCCCCGUGGGGCCGUUGCUAGCGGCCGACGCCGAGGGCAACAAAUUAGGCGACGGGGCCGUGGCACCGAGCCUGCCGCCGCAACAACCGUGCAUCACGAAGAAGCAGCGCUCCAGCAUCAGCAUGUGGAAGGCAGACUCGACGUGCGUCAGCUGGCUGGACAGGCAACGUGCGGGGUCAGUGGUGUACGUCUCGUUCGGCAGCUGGGUCGGGCCGAUCGGGCCCGAGAAGGUCCGCGAGCUCGCGCUGGGCCUGGAGGCCACGGGCCGGCCCUUUUUGUGGGCGCUCAAGAAGGACCCUUCCUGGCGGGCCGGCCUCCCCGACCGCUACGCCGAGAGGGUCGCCGCCGCCGGCCGGGGCAAGGUGGUGGACUGGGCGCCGCAGCAGGAGGUGCUCACGCACGGGUCCGUCGGCUGCUACCUCACGCACUGCGGCUGGAACUCCACCGUCGAGGCCAUCCAGCACGGGGUGCGCCUCCUGUGCUGCCCCGUCUCCGGCGACCAGUUCAUCAACUGUGCCUACAUUACCGGGGUGUGGGAGAUCGGGAUCAAGCUCCGCGGCAUGAGCAGAGACGAGGUGAAGGGCUGCAUCGAGAGGAUCAUGGAAGGCAAGGAAGGGAGACACUUGCAGGAGAAGAUGGACGUGCUGAGGGAGAAAGUCCUGGCUGCUGAAGCCAGGUGUUUGGCACAGAGGAAAGUCAAGUCCUUCGUGAGCGAAAUUAAGAGGGACUACCGGUUGUCGAUGCAGAUGUAUAGCACAUUGUAGCGAUCAUUGUUCGUGUGUAUUGUAUUAACAUGUUGAACCAAACUAAGUGUAUUAUGAUUACUCAACUUGACAUGUCAGAUAUGAAA